GGGACUAAGAAGAAGGGAAUAACCUGCACAUUUUCUGCGUCAGACCUUUUAGGAUUGCGCCUCCUUAGAGAGAGAAGAGAGAAAAAGGAGGAACAGCACGGCCGAAACCGGGAGGUGGCACUCGGGUGUGUUCGGCCGUUCAGGUGCAACCGGCACGUUUCUUCCAGGCAGUUUCCUGCUGUCAGAGGAGUGCUAGUGGCGGAAGGAGCAGGCAGCCCCUCCGAUUAUUUGUUUUUGUUUUUUUGUGUCUGUUUUUGUUUUUCGCGUGUCUGCUUCCAGGACAGCAGGAUAAUGGUGCACUGUGCGGGCUGCGAGAGGCCCAUCCUGGAUCGCUUUUUAUUGAACGUGUUGGACCGAGCCUGGCACGUGAAAUGCGUCCAGUGCUGUGAAUGCAAGUGCAAUCUGACCGAGAAAUGUUUCUCCAGAGACGGCAAGCUGUACUGUAAAAAUGACUUCUUCAGGCGAUUUGGUACGAAAUGCGCCGGCUGUUCCCAGGGUAUCUCGCCGAGUGACCUGGUGCGGAAGGCGCGCAGCAAAGUCUUUCACCUCAACUGCUUCACCUGCAUGGUGUGCAACAAGCAGCUGUCCACCGGCGAGGAGCUCUACAUCAUCGACGAGAACAAGUUCGUGUGUAAAGAAGAUUACUUGAACGCCACCACCAUUAAAGAAGUCAAUUUAAACUCAGUGUCUUCAUGUACAGACCGAAGUUUAUCUCCAGACCUCCAGGACCCGAUACAGGACGAUAACAAGGAGACGGACAACUCCACGUCUUCGGACAAAGAGACGAACAACAUCGAGAACGAGGAGCAGAACUCGGGCACCAAACGGAGGGGCCCGCGAACGACGAUUAAAGCCAAACAGCUGGAAACGUUGAAAGCGGCGUUUGCGGCAACUCCCAAACCAACUAGGCACAUCAGGGAACAGCUGGCACAAGAAACUGGCCUCAAUAUGAGAGUCAUCCAGGUGUGGUUCCAGAAUCGGCGCUCCAAAGAGAGGAGGAUGAAGCAGCUGAGCGCGCUGGGCGCGCGGCGGCACGCGUUCUUCCGGAGCCCCCGGCGCAUGAGACCCCUGGGCGCGCGGCUGGACGAAACAGAAAUUAUGGCGUCCGGACCUUACAACUAUUAUGGAGACUACCAAGGAGAGUACUACGGACCAAGUGGAAAUUACGAUUUUUUCCCGCAUGGACCUCCAUCCUCGCAGGCACAGUCUCCGGCAGACCCCAGUUACCUCAACAGCUCGGGGCCUGGACAGCUUGAGGGAUCCAUCUCAGGUCACCACCCUUCCGAAAACCAAAGGUACACGGACAUGAUCUCCCACCCGGACACUCCUAGUCCAGAGCCAGGCCUCACUGGUCCACUGCACCCUAUCCCAGGGGAAGUGUUUAGUGGUGGUCCUAGCCCGCCUUUCUCUCUGGCCAGCAACUCGGGCUACAGUGCCCCCCUGUCCCACCCUGGACAGGAAAUGGGAGAAACGGCGGUUUGGUAAAACUCCACAAAAUAUUAGAAGAUGAU